AGUUGUACUUCUAGCUCCUACAACUGGCUACAGCGUUUCAGGUACUGCUUAUUUUCUCGAGAAUUAUCGCAUUAGCCUUCCAACAGCCACGGAAUUAAUGGCCACCCGUCCUCCCGAGGCAAAAGCAAAACCCCGGCACCCGCGCGCGCGCCCCCAGCCGCAGGUCGCCACGCCCCCGGCCGAUGUUGAGCUGCGCGACAGCAAAGACAGCCUCGCUCGUCCCGACGCUCUGGGCGGUGCCUCCGGGCAACUACCGGCCGAACAGCAAGAGGAAAGCCUGCUGGAGGAACUCGAAGAUGGCGUCGUCGGGUUUUUCAACCGGAUGUUCGGCGCAGGAGUCGCGUCGCCCAGCGACGCCGCCAACGAAGACGCGUCGAACGCGAUACAGAGCCCCACCACGUUCGUGGAUGGCAAAACGGACGCGCGCAGCCCAGUCGGGGACAGGAGUCCAGCCGCGGCGAGUUCGAGGUCGGAGUCUGUUGGAAAAAAAGGACGUCGUAAUCGGGGUGUUGCAGGAGAAGAAGAAUUACAAGCAAAGUUUUUCACGGAGCAGGAGGGCCGCGAGCAAAGAACAGACGCUGAACAACAGCUUGUGGAUCAUAAUCGGGAAGAUGGGCCGCUGCUGAUGUCCUCUCGACAACCUAGUUACAGCCCGGACAGGGAGCUGCAAGAAAACAAUAGUUACGGAUUCGUUGCUUCUGGCGGUACUUCUACAGCUGUUCAACGAGGACGACGAGCAGGGGGAAUAAAGGCCAACGCGCUGGUGCAACAAGGUCUUCUGAACGAGUCGUCCUCUUCUGCUGUGGAGCUAGAGCAGCACGACAGCGUUUCGGAAGAUGUGGUCUCCAAGUCCGGGCAGGCGGGCCGGGGUCGUGCGCGGGACAAGGUGGACCAACCAAGGGGAAAGCUGUGGACGCGGUCCAAGCUGCCCCAGCAGCGGGGUUACGACAAUACGACGACGUCACAGUCACCGUUGAUGUUCCCCGCAGCUCAACAGCGAGGACAUCAGCAGGAGCUGCUCUACUCCGGGAAGCCGAAGCAACCCCAGCAGGUUCUUUUCCAGCGGUCCAAGGCUGCGCAGCUGGAGCGAAUGCUGCGAGAGGCCAACAGUCUGAUCAGCUCCUCCGCGACUGGGGGUUCGGACCGCGAGAACCUGCGAGACUUGGCCUCGGUCCUGAUGAGCAGUUACCACGAAGAAGACGAGCAGGAGGCGGACCACGACGCAGACGACCGGACCGGCGCACGAGGACAUCUUCUUCAACCGCACCAGAAAUUUUGGUCUUCCUCCAACGAACGGACGAACGCGAAGACGAAAGCCAAGUUGGAAUUGCUGAAGCUGAAUCUCUAUGAAUCGCAAAAGUAUCGUACUAGUGUAAAUCGCAAUACAAAUUCGCUCAGCAUGACAACGGGAAUUUGUCAUGCCGUUUUGCCUUGGGAUGGAUAUUUGUAUAUGCAUGUUUGCAAUGACUGCGAGUGCGAUACUUUUGCACAGGAUAAUCUCGAGGCCCGGGACCGGGCUUAUGACACGCAAUUCGAGAGUAUGAGAGCGCACAUCAACCCGCCGUUAUUUGUCAUGCAAAAUCCGAAGUAGAAAUCCAGUACAGUUGCAGCCCUGUAGCAUUGUUGGCAUGACAAAUGCUGGAAGCCCAAAAAGCACUACAGUCGGCGCAUAAGAAAUUUGUCAUGCACAGGCUCCACAUGUGCUAGCGUUUAUAUUGCUGUUCAAGAGUCAUGCACUCCAAAAGCGGGGGAAGUUGUGCACUCUCAUAAAGAAGGCGAUCGGCAAUCUGAAGGAAGUACUGAUGACCCAGGGCCAAAUUUUCCAAGAAAGUUUGGACGCAGCCAAGGAGCAGCACAAACUGCGGGAGGAGGGGCUGGCGCAGGAGCUGCAGGUGAAAAGCGAGGAAACGGCGAAGUUGCAGCUCGAGCUGGAGCAGAAGGGGAGGCAGUUGGCCGAUAUCAAGAGCAAAAAUGUCUGGGUCUGGAAAAAUGCAACUUGUGAUGCUGCAUUUGGAUUCCAGAAAAAUCUGUAUUGCAUGAGCAGCAAAUGCAAAGGGAACGCGAUUCUUGCUACCCGGAGAGGGCGUUUGUCAUGCGGAAUAGGCAUCGAGAUGCCCUCAAAACAUCUGUGAUGCUAGGGCAUGCAUCACCGACAUCAUGGCUCAUGCAAAACGUGCAUGACAAGUCUCAGAAUCUUCCAGACCCGGACAUAUUUGCACUGCAUAGCCGACUCGCAGGCGCAACACAAGGAACUGGAGCUGCGGUACGCCGCUAUCAAUUGCAAAUAUGUCUGGGUCUGGAAGGUGGAAACUUGUCAUGGUAAAUCUGAAGCAUGCAGAAAUCUGUGUUGCAUGAGUGCCAAAAGCUGUCCACUUUUGAGAAAGUUGGAAGGGAGUUUCUCAUGCAGGAUAGGCAUGGCAGAGACCUCGCAGAGUCCGUCGUGCUACGUCCCGCAUUCCAGACCUCAUGGGUCAGGGAAAAUCUGCAUGACAAGUUUACACUUUUCCAGACCCAGACAUUUUUGCACUUGAUAGCCGCCCUGUGGAAGCAGUUCGAAAGUGCGCAGGAUGUGUUGCUGGCGCAGACCGGCGGCCGGGUCGUUUAUCAAGGGGAGAGAAAGACAGCCGAUAAAGUUUCUUCGAGCAGGAGUCCGAAGAAAAAGAAGAAAAGUACCAACAAGAAGAGCGGCUACAGUAGUACAAGCAGCUCCAGUGGCCGCGACGAGUACAAAAAGCAGAAACGGACGAGUCCAGAAACUCAAUCUGCCAAGAAGAAAAGCAGAAAUAAGCGAAGAACGGCGGAACAGAGCAACGUGAUCCGCGAGUAUUUUCAGCGUUGGAUUGACAUCGUAGCGCACAAAGCAGCUACUUCGCGACGCCGGGGAGUCGGUGAUGAAGAGCGGACGUCUACCAUUGUUCCGCCUUCGCUAACCUCCUUCACAACCAUCGGCACACCGCAGCAGCUGCGCCACACGACGACCCGCUACGAUGAAAGCGAUUCCGAUUCCUCUUCCCUGGCCGCUUAUCAAUCGCAAAUAUCGUGUCUGCCUUUGGAAGAUUGCAAGAUUUGUGAUGUAGAUUUUCCAUGACCCAUGAGGUCUGGUAUGGAGGACAGAGCAUGACAGAUUCUGCGACAGUCCUAUCAUGCCUAUCCUGCAUGAGAAACUUUCUCUGACAUUCACAUUCAUCAAAAGUGGACAACUUAUGAUAAUCAUGCAACACAGCUUUUUUCACAAUCCGGACUUAGCAUCACAAGUUGCAUUCUUCCAGACCCAGACAUAUUUGCAAUGCAUACCGCCUUCGCAGGCUCGUUCCGCAACCCGAAGAACAGUACAACUUUCGAGCGGGACCAGGCGAAAGCUCGAAUGCUUGCCGCGGAGGUAUCAAAUGCAAGUAUGUCUGUGUCUGGAAGGAUGCAGAGGUUUGUGAUGCAGCUUUGGCAUGACCCAGAAGGGCUACCAUGCACGCCCUAGCAUCACAGGUUUUGAGAAGGUCAGUCUCUUGAUGCGUAAUCCGCAUGACAACGCCCUUCUUUCGGUGGCCAGAAAUGUGCAACUUUUGGCCUCCAUGCAUGACAGAUUUUUGUGUGAUGUGAAAUGCGCAUCACAAGGUCGCAUCUUUCCAUACCCAGACAUAUUUGCAAUGCAUAGGAGGCCGCGCAAAGCAAAUUGUUCAAAGGGCCUAGUUCGUCAGUGCGGGCGUCGGACGGAAGCAGGUACAGGAAGGACAACGGCGGAAGAAGUCGAAGCAGGGACAACUACGAGGGACAACGACUGGAGAAGAUGACAGGAGGAGCACAACAAACAGGUUCUACUCGUCGUGAACAAGUAGAGGCUGCUGCGCGGGUGAGGAGUAGUACUACAUCCCGAACUUCGUCUGUGAAGCAAAUCGAGCGCGAACUGGAGAACGAGAAGCUCGGGAUCGUCAGUGCGGCCAGUCGCGAACCAAAGUUGAUAUCAAGUGCAAAAAUGUCCGGGUCUGGAAAAGUCGAACUUGUAAUGCGUGUCUUGCGUUCCUGGAAAAUCUGUGUUGCACGAGCAGCAAAAGAGAAGCUUUCUUUGUCAUGCAAAAACGCAAUUUGUAAUUCGUCAGAAAGCGUCUCAAAAACUUGUCAUGCUUGGCUGCCAUUGGAAGCGCUUCAAUCAUCCACAUUUUGGCAUCACAAGUUUCCAGACCCAGACAUUUUUGCAUUUCAUAGCUGAAAGCCGCGGACAAAGUUGUGGAGAAAGGAAACUUUGUCUACUCGGCUUCUUCAAGGUUGGAGAAUGCAGAGCGGGAUCGAAGUAGAACUGACGACAAGGACCAGAAUCAUCAAAAUUCCACUUCUAGUACCACGCAGCUAGAUCGACUACGAGGACCACAGGCUAGUUCGGUACAACGAGAUGGUGGCCGCACAAUGGUGGUUUCGGUGCCCACCCGAUCUCCGUCCCCGAACGUGCGUGCGCAGGACCGAGAAAAUGCGCGCAGCUUUUUGCAAGCCAUGCGGACGACGUCCACGGAGAGGACUAGCGGACCGAGUUGAGGAAAAUUCCGUUUGUUGGAAGUAGUACUACGAGCCAGUACCCCGGCCUGGUUUUCCGUUUCGGUGCUCUCCUGACCUCGGUUUCGCGUUCUUAAUUUUGCUAAACACCACCGCCAAAUUCUGAGCUUUAAUGAGAAUAUAGCUGGUCUUCAUUCUGCGCCGGUGCGGGAUAGUGCAUACUGCAGCGCAAUGAGUUCUUUGGCUCAAGAUUAAAUAAGGACUGUAGCAUUACCGCGUAUAAUUAGUUUGUCAGAAU